CAUUAUCUUGUUUAUGUACUUACCUGCCACCGGGUUAUGCCCAUUUGGUUCAAACAAAUUUAUCUUAUAAUUGAGCGGGCACAUUCUGUGCAUUUUCUUUGCAAACAUGCCUUCAUCCAGCACUAUCUAUGGGUAAACUGAGAAAUACGUUUGAGCAAUGGACUGAAAUGCUCGCAUGUGUUUGCUGUGCAUCUUUUAAUAGUUAUUUAUUAUAAUGCCAAUAAUAAUAUGUCUUUUUGUGAAUUAAGUGAUCCGGAGUGGGAAUCGUUCAAUUUAAAUUCGAAAGUUAAAUUCUUCGAACUUUUAUACUUGUAGCCCAGUGAUGGUGGCACAACGAAAUAGCGCAAUACAAAUGAAGUCCUCUGUGACAGGAACGAAAAAGAACAGCCUUCCGUCACCGAGAUUGCGUCAUAAAGACGAGUCGUACGUGAAAAAACUUGAGUUGGGCUUGUCAAUUUUUCGAAACAAAAUUCAGCUGAGAGUGGAUCGUUGCCAGGAGGUGUUGAAAAGACUUGACGAAGAUUCUGAACAGAUGAAAAUAUGUUUUCUUCAGUUAAUGGACAUGAUAGAGAGUAGUAGAAAGCUAAUCAGUAAUGAGAAGGAAGAAAAUCUGCAGAUUCUACAGUUACUUGAUUGCUACUGCGAUAAGACAACUGUCUCUUCAAGAACUCAAACAGUAGCUCCCAUGGUAUAUGGUAUACCAUUGAAGAAAGCAUCUAUAUCUUUAAAACGAUUGGAUCCUUUUCAGCUCCAACAUGUGUCAACAGUUAUUGCGGAUUCAUCUCCUGCCUCAGCUGUAGGCUUUGCUAGAACAGCUCCGAGAGCAUCUUUAUGUGCCACUAUUAAUCCCCUUGUAGUUACAAUACAUUCAUCGUCAUCUUCAGUGGCAUCAAGUUCUUCAGAUGCUGAUGAUAAUGACAAUGAUGAUAAUAAUGCAUCUUCAAAAACUCCAUUAUCAAGGUACCGAAGGUGCAGAACAUGGAAUAAUGUAGACAACAUAGUUUCUUCCACAUCAGGUCAAGAUUUUCGUCUUAAGACAGCCAGUAUCUUGCUUAAACGUUUGGAUCCAAGGUCAUAUCUACCUGAAACAGGCACUUCAGAUUCCACAAAUAUAAAUAUGGCUUUUCAGAGAAGGGAUAUAGAGAACAAUGUUUUUGAUACUCUCUACAGAGCUGCUGUGGAAAUAAACAAUGAAACUGAGAAUGGUUCAGAAAUUCUUAGUGAAGCAAAUGGGCAGAAUCAUGUUUCAUGUCCACCUGCAAAUCAUGAUCCAAUGGUGGUUUUAGAACGAUUAGGUCCUUCUGCAUGGCCUUGUGAAUUGGACUCUCAUGGCAAUGACCUUGAUUUGAGUAUAGUGCAUGAAAAUUGUCAGUCUAAUUACAGACCAAAUAGUGAAAGAAAAGGAAAAUCUAAUAUGAAGCAUAAAAAUGUGAAAACAAUGCUGCCGCAACUAACUGUGGAUUGUACAAGCACUCCAAAGAAAAAGAAAUCAGAUAGUCUUAUGUGCAAUGUGCCAGAAAAACAAAGAGUCAAUUGUAGAAUUAAUGUUGGAAAAGGAAUUGAAAAAGAAGAUAGUAUAAAGGGCAAAAGAAGAAGAACAGAAACCAACAGGAAACAGAAAGAAGGUCCUAUGGCUGUUGGUGCAAGUAAUAAAGUUGAUGAAGAUCCUUUGGAAGGACCUAGUUGGCUAUAUAAAGAUGGUGUGAAGAAAGAAAAACUGAGAAAAUUUAAGAGAAUUAGACAGGGCUACUUAACUCCUCUUUAUUAUUUGGCUCCCACAAUAUACUCGAGUACUGAUGACAGCGGAGAUGAAGCAACUGAAAAUGAGAGGAAAAGAGCAAAACUUAGAAACAGCUGUAAUAUUUAUUUUAAUCACAAAUUAAGAGGGUUAUUUAGAAUUUUCAAUAAUAAUCAUAUACUUCAACUAUUACAUUAUAAAAUGUAU